AUGCCAGAUGCAACAGGAGUCAUCGCCAGAAACCCGUUUGAGGAAGCCCCAUCACGAUUGAAUCAAUAUACACCCGAGGAAGCUGCUGCCCUUCAAGCACGCCUCGAGAAGAAAUUAGGACCAGAGUACAUCUCUUCGCGACCUGGGGCGGCCGGCCUUAAGGUACACUACCUUGCUGCCGAUAAAUGCAUUAAUCUUGCCAACGAGGUAUUUGGAUUCAAUGGGUGGUCGAGUUCAAUUCAGAACAUCCAGAUUGACUUCGUUGACGAGUCUCCGAAUACUGGAAAAGUGAGCCUGGGCCUAUCGGUAAUAGUGAGAGUGACUUUGAAAGAUGGAGCUUACCACGAGGAUCUUGGAUACGGACAUAUUGAGAAUUGCAAGGGCAAGGCCGCAGCUUUCGAGAAGGCUAAGAAAGAGGCAACAACUGACGCUCUGAAACGCGCUCUGCGGAACUUCGGCAAUGUUUUGGGCAACUGUAUAUACGACAAGGACUACAUUUCCAAGGUUUCGAAACUGAAGACGGUACCAUCAAAAUUGGAUGUAGGCGAUCUGCAUCGCCAUCCCGACUUUGCUCCCAUAAAAAAAGAACCAAUGCGAGUGAAGCCGUCUCUGGAAGACGACGAUCUGCCCCCCAAUCCGUCAAUAGCGGGAAGGAACACUUCGACCAAUAGUGCCGCUGAUAUGGACGCGGAAUUCGGUAGUGAUGUUUUUGAUGAGGCUGAUUUCAAUGUCGGUGAGGGUGAGUACCCGGAUGGGAUAGUAGCAGAAGACACUCAAAAAAGGCACCAACCGCCAACCCCUGUUGGGAGACCUAAUGCUCAUCUAAAUCUCCCAAAACAUGCUCUUGGAGCACAAGCAAGUGGCAAUCAACAUGUUGUCACUCCGUCUAAACCAGAAAGACCCAUGAACCUUGCCCCAGCGGGCAGGCAGAUUCCUAACCAGGCCCUAAACAACCGACCGUUCCCUCCACCCGCCCAAAAUCAAUAUACAAAUCAAAGACAAUCCGUUCCGCUCCCCGGUUCAAAUGGAGGACUACAAAAUGGAAGAUCAAUACCACUGGGCCAACGCGCUAGUAAUGGCAUGGCCACAGGCUCUGAUGCUGGCGCACAGGUACCCAUCAAACAGGAACAUGGUGCAAAACAACCAAACCCAGCACCGCAAAAUACGGCCGUCCCGGCUACCCCAGGCAUAAAUGGUCAAGGGCCUCCAGUCGUGGGAUUUCUCUCCGCCCGCGGAGCCGACAUGCUACGUGAAAAUCCACAUAGCGCCGCCACCGUAGCCCCAGCCUUCAAUCCGCACGCGGAGAGCCCUUCUAUCCGCAAGACGGCCGGCGUCGACCACACCAAGAGCAUACCCAUCUCAAAACCAAUGCUAGCCGGUAGCGCCUCACCAUUAUCCAACCAAACACGCGACUUCAUCAAUCCCUCCGCAGAAAUGCAUCGAAAGAUCGGCGCCCCCAGCGGCAGUGUGGUCGGCGGUCCCAUGAACAGAGGUCCAUCGGUAUCCUCUUACCGUCCUCUAACACGGCCGAAUGUUGACCCUAAAGCUGCUGCACAAAACAACACCGCCGCCGCCAACCGAAUGGCACCAAAUAUGAACGGGAAACGACCACCUCUGAACGACGUUACCAACGAAACGUUGCCCGGUGGGAACGGAUGUACUCCCGCACCUGGAUUGAAUGAUCCGAAACGAGCGAAGUACGAUGAAUCUAUGUCUGCACAACAGCAUCAGCAACAGCACCAGCACUAA